GCUGAUUUGCCAUGGCUCGUGCCUCUGCGCUCUCCAAGGCUCUUUUGGCCGCCGGAGCCAUCGUGGCCCUGCGCCUUUUGUCCGGUGAGACCUUUGUGACGCCGAAGCAGCGCAACGAAGCAGCAGCUGCAAUGGCAGCUGCCAUGGUGGCAGUAUCUGCACCAGCCAUGGCUGAGGUCCCAACCUUCUCCGUCUUUGGGUUUGGCAGCGGCCAGUCCGACGAUGCCUACAGCCAGAACGACAACCCGAUCAAUCCGUACUCCCAGUUCAGCGAUGGCAGCGACACAGUCUACCAGGCCAAGAACCAGCCUGAGAUGGAGAGGAGGACCAAGUCAUUGAAGGCAGGGCUGAAGCGUUUCGAGGACACUCCAGGGUACAUCCAGACCAAGCAGGCCCAGGCACUCAAGUCCAACCUCCAGGAAUCCAAUUCCUUGAGGCAGGACCUCCUGUACUUCUCUGGCGCGGAGGGUAGCCCAGCUUGGGAGAAAGC